AUGAUUGCAACGAGGCUACAUGCAAAGCGACUUUCGAGUUUAACACUCAAUCGUCCAAGCUUAACCAGUAUUCAUAGUACGGCUAUUCACCAUACUAAUCAACAGCAAUGUAAGCGAAGCUGGCGACCUUCGGAGGAUAUUCGAAAUGUCGAUAGUGAUAACAAUGAUGAUGAUACCGACGACUACAACAACAGAAUGCAUGAGAGCAUUAAGCUCAAAUUUAUCAAUCGAUCUUCUGAUGCAGCACAAGCACAAAUACGUUCAAGUCAUAGUAGAUAUGAACGUAUGCAAGCACCUAUUUUAUCGUUUGACGACGAAGGAGACAUUCCAGUACCAGCAACUAAACAUAAAAACAUCCUUUCUCCUGAUGGUACGCCUCUUCACGAUUCACGAGAUAAUCUUUCAGUAUCAAAAUCAGGUGGCGAUAGUGCAUCAAUUGAACAGACACGAAAAGAAAAAUUUCGACAAGCGUUACGAUCCGUAUCAAAAGUUGCUUUUAGCCAAUUAGGUUUAGGUGGCCUUGUCCUUGGUUAUGUUAUACUUGGUGGAUUAAUUUUUGAUGCAAUUGAAUCACGUUACGAAUUAGAACGUUUACAAGAAAAAGAGCGCAAUCGACAACAUUUUGUUGAUCAAUUAUAUACUCAUGCUUAUAAAGAAUUUAAUCGUGUUUUAAAUCAAACAUUUGAACUUAAAUACGCAUUAUGGCGUGGUGGUUUAUCACGACACGAUGAACGUAAUGAGGGAUGGCAACUCGACGUAGAAAAAGAUUUAUGGAAACGACUUGUUGAUGAUGAAUUGUUGAAAUAUUUUGGUGCCGAAGAAAAAAACCAAGUCGGCGUUGAACAACAACAAGAACAAAAUACUGUACAAGUUUGGACUUUUUCUAGUGCUAUGCUUUAUUCAGCAACAGUCAUUACAACUAUUGGAUAUGGAAAUAUAACACCGAAGACAACAGAAGGAAAAAUUGCAACAAUGAUAUAUGCUAUGAUUGGCAUUCCGCUAAUGUUUAUGUGUUUAACCUAUACGGGUGAUUUAUUAGCUGAUGCAUUUAUUUCGGGUUACUCUAAAAUGGUUAAUUUUAUUUGCCGACAAAUUUGUCGCGGUCAAUUGAAAAAUUGUUUACCUGAUGAUACUCGUCGAAGUUUUGAACAACCUGAUUCGGAAUCCGAAGAAAGUCGUCAUGUACCGAUUGUAGCAACACUGGCUGUUCUUGCGCUCUAUAUUGCGAUGGGUGCAUUACUUUUUGCUCAAUGGGAAAAUUGGCAUGUACUAGAUGGAGCUUACUUUUGCUUUAUAACGUUUACAACCAUUGGUUUUGGUGAUCUCGUACCAGGAAAAGGUACGGUAACAGAAUCUAAAGCUGGUAAAGCAGCCAUGUGUGCCCUAUUUCUAUUGUUUGGCAUGAUUGUUAUGGCCAUGUCAUUUAAACUAAUGCAGGAUGAACUCAUAUCAAAAUUUCGUCGAUUUGGUCGACGUUUUGGUUUCAUCAAACGAAAUAUGAAUGAUCCUGGAUGA